CGUGCUGAGAAGUAGUCCCGGCUCGGCGCCCGGCCCCGCCCCUGCAGGGCGGAGGGACGCAUCACGCAGGGGUGGGGAAGCCGGAUCCAUGCGCAGGGUUGCUAAGGGUGAAACUUUUCAUUGACUUUGCUCACUUCGGGCCGGGGCGCGGGAAGGUGCGGGUCGUUGCCGGAGAGAAGCGAGUGGCUCGGGCGACGCGGGGCCAGAAGGGCAGGACCGCCCGCUGGCCAGAGCCCGGACCGUCCUCCGCCCUGCGACACGAGCCGCCCUUCGGUCCGACAUCCCCGCGCCGUCGCCGCCGGCCGGCCCGCCCGCCUUCCGUCCCCCCUUGGCCGAGCCUGACCUCCAAAAAGCUGAAAGAAUUAUUAUUGAGAAUCAUAGCCCCAAACUCCCUUACUUGCUCCCAACCUUCAACGAAGAAAAAGACCCAUCAGCCUCCGGCCCGGCGGUGCCCGGGAAGGAAGAAAGAACGACCACCGUACCGCGCCCCGGACUGCCCUGGAAGGGAGAAGCCACCCUGAACCGCCCCGCCGCCGCGGAGACCCGACAACUCCAGAAGGAGACCACCCAGCCCAAGGAAUACAGAUUAAGUGGCAGUGUUGGAGCUCUCUGGAGCCCAAGGCUGCCUAUCUUACGUCACCUGCCACUGCCCUUGGUUUGCACUCUUGCCGUGAGCUGACUCGCCACCUAGGAAAGCAAGGACCAUGCAGCUGGAGAUCAAAGUGGCCCUGAACUUUAUCAUCUCCUACUUGUAUAAUAAGCUGCCCCGGCGCCGGGCAGACCUGUUUGGGGAGGAGCUUGAGCGGCUCUUGAAAAAGAAAUAUGAAGGCCACUGGUACCCUGACAAGCCACUGAAGGGCUCGGGCUUCCGCUGUGUUCACAUCGGGGAGAUCGUGGACCCUGUGGUGGAGCUGGCCGCCAAACGGAGCGGCCUGGCAGUGGAGGAUGUGCGGGCCAAUGUGCCUGAAGAGCUGAGCGUCUGGAUCGACCCUUUUGAGGUGUCCUACCAGAUCGGUGAGAAGGGGGCAGUGAAAGUGCUGUACCUGGAUGACAGCGAGGGCUGUGUUGCACCAGAGCUGGACAAGGAGUUCAAGAGCAGUUUCAACCCCGAUGCCCAGGUCUUCGUGCCCAUCGGCAGCCAGGACAGCUCCCUUUCCAACUCCCCGUCACCAUCCUUCGGCCAGUCACCCAGCCCCACUUUCAUCCCCCGCUCCGCCCAGCCCAUCACCUUCACCACUGCCUCCUUCGCUGCCACCAAGUUUGGCUCCACCAAGAUGAAGAAGGGGGGUGCGGCAGCAAAUGGCGGGGGCAUGGCCGGCGGCGGGGCAAGUGGCCAGCAGCCUCCCCAGCAGCAGCCCCGCAUGGCCCGCUCUCCCACCAACAACCUGCUGAAGCACAAGAGCCUCUCUUUGUCUCUGCGCUCGCUGAACUUCAUUGCGGCCAACCCGGCCCCUCAGUCCCAGCUCUCCCCCAAUGCCAAGGAGUUCGUGUACAACGGGGGCUCUCCCAGCCUCUUCUUUGACGGGGCCGAUGGCGGGGGCAGUGGGGCCGGCACGUGCAACAGCAGCGGCUUCGACGUGGCCCAGGUAUUCGGAGGCGGCGCCAACAGCCUCUUCCUGGAGAAGACCCCCUUCGUGGAAGGCCUCAGCUACAACCUGAGCACCAUGCAGUACCCCAGCCAGCCCUUCCAGCCGGUUGUGCUGGCCAACUGACCGCCCACCCGCCACGGGGCCAGGAGCGCCCAAGACCACAGAAAAGAGAAAGGAAAAGAAAGGCCAAAAAAAGAGGAAAAGAAAAAUACACAAAAAGAUUUCCAGUCUUCGCACUCUGGCUUCUAGAAAAAAGAUCCGGUCCAGGCAUGGAGUGGGAGGGGGCUCCUGAAGCACCGAAUCUGUUUAACUCAACCCCCUGCUGCUUUCCUGCCUGCCUCUGAUUUAUUUGAUUGGUUUGGGUUUUAUAUUUUUUCUUUUUUCUUUCUUUCUUUCUUUUUUUUUUUUUACAUGUAGUUUUCUAUAUAACAUCUUCAAUUAGUGGCUUCCUGUGCUAAGAAUGGUCCAGAUGUGAAUUGCUGCUCCCUGCUCCCUCCCUCCCUCCCUCCCUCACACUGUUGAGGAUCUCCUGUCCUCUCUCACAGGGAAGGAAGAGCCGGAAGAGGCGCAGCUGGGGCCUGACCCUGCCCAGAGCAGGGAGAGGCUGCCUUGUGUCACUGCCUCUAUCAGCCAGCUAUCCUUUUACUCAAAGCCAUCCAACCUCAGAGGGCCUUCUUGGGCCCUGCCACCCAAAUAGGUCUGACCCCAGCACCCACCCCCCCUGCCUCUCAGGCCUGAGACACGGGGAGCUGCUGACUGGCGACUUGACACCCUCCCACUGGAGCUGAUGUCUGUGACUCCAGGUAGCACUCUGUCUGGUGGAACUGCUUUCAUCUCUGUCCUGUGUUCCCACGCCACCAUCCCCACCUGGCUCGGACUAUCAUCGUGGCCCUGGAGACCCAUCCGCUGACACAUGUGGCUCUUCAUGCAGCCCCUUGUUCCCGGGGCCUGAGGUUGUGGGUAACGAGGGGGGGCAGGUGCGGGUGUGUGUGUGCGCACGUGCGUGUGUGUGGUUUGCUGUCCUGUUUUAAAGGAUUCCAAGCCAUGUGAACCCCCCCCCCGCCCCGCCCCCGACAUGAUUCCAGGUUGCAGCAAGUGCUUAUUUAUGUAGGAGGUUGGGGAAUGGGCCGGGCGGGUGGUCAGUUCUUUUGUAGGGUGGGUCAUGUGGUGGGGUGAGACUGCGGCUGAGCCUAAGACACUCCCAGGGGAAAAUACUGCAGAAGGAACUGGUUUCCAGACUGCGGAGGGAUCUGCACUUUUGUUUUUGACCAAAAAAAAAAGAAAGAAAGAAAAAAAAGGGUUAGCUGUGAGGGGCUGAGGGAAUACCAGCCCCUGAUGCCUAAGAGAAGUCCCUGGACUCAGAUCCUCCUAUUUGGUGACCUUAACCCAGGGUGGGAGCCGCUCACCUGAGCACCCUGGAGGGGGGGGGGUGGGAGUUUGGGUCAGUGCCUACAGUGGGCAGUCCUGAGCCUUCAAUUGAGACUAAUUAGUCUUUUGGUUGUAGAUGUUAUUUUAGUAUGUUUCUGCCCCUGCCUGCAUGAGAACUUCUUGGUACCUCUUGGCAUCCCCUCUUACUGGCUGACCCGGUCCCACUUGGCCUUGAUGCCGUGAGGAGUGGUUUCCCAGGCAGGCCAGGUUGGACAGGCAUUUGAGUAUGGCAGGCGGUGUGUGUGGAUUAUAAGAGAGCACCAGCUCCUGCCUCUGCCAGAAGAGGAGAUGUUUCUCCCACCCAACCCUAGUGAACCAGCUUUCACGCGGUGAUGCUUUGGCUGGUGGGCCACAUGGCGGCAGGGCCCCCGUCACCAAAAAGUACCAAAGCCCUUGGCACCCCACCCCACCCCCUCAGUGACCCCCCCCCCCCCCCAAGUGGGCAACCGCUGUGGCAGUGGGUCCGGCCCAGACACUGCCAGCCUCCCCUCCCUGCAGUGGGCACCAGCUCUACCUCCCCCAGCGGGGCAAUGCCCUGGCUCCUCGGCUCGGUAUCCUCUGUCCCCUAUGCUUCUCAGGGGCCAGCCCCAUCCGGGCCACCCUCUCCCUAGCCCUCAGCUCCCGCGCAAGUGACAGGCCCAGGCAGAUCGCUGCUCUCUGGGAAAGGUUGGAUGCUGCCUUAUUUAUGCCCUCUUCCAGCCCCCCUUUCCCUCACUCACGUGCACAGGUACCUACCACCCCCCAGUCAGCUUGUUUCUCACCACAUCUAGGGAGAGGGGGAGACCGACCCCUUAGUGUCUUUUGAAAUACGAAGAAAAAUGUUUGUUCAGGAGCAUGGCUCCAGUGCUGGACUCUUGGGCCCGGUUCAGUCUGUCUCGUCUCAGAUCUAGGCAUUUUUGCUUCAAUUUUAUUUUUUUUAAGGAAACAAAAACAAAACUCUGCACUAAUUUACCUGGUUUCGUAGGAAAACUUUUUUUUUUUAUUUUUUACAUUUUUGGUGUCCGUUUGUAUUGAAUAAUUUGCUACAUUUGUAAAAUGUAAGAGGUAUAUAUAAUAUAUGUAUAUUUCUAACGUAAAAAACGUAAUUUUUUUCUUUUCAAGAUUUUUUCUUAAGAGGAGAGAAACGAUAUUUUUUCAGGAAAAACAAACUUUAAAAUAAAAAAAGAGGAGAAUUAAACCUAUUUCUCCCCUUUCCCCAUCCUCUCUCUGUCCCUCUUUCCCAGGAAUAAAUCAAAAGGUGGAUCGUCUUGUAAAGAAUGUAAACUCUUAGUCCAGAAUGAUGUAUUUUUCUCGAUGCAGUGAGCUAUAGAUUCUCUAGUUUGACCCCUAGGGAUGGGAAGGAGGGCAUUGAGGCAACGUGGAGAGGAGCUUGGGGGAGCAGGGUAAUGAACUUGUUUUCUUUAGUGAAGGAGGAAUACAAUCAAGCGUUUUGUAUUCAGAAUGUUGUGCAAUAUUUUGGAAUGGGACAUUGGUGUGUUUAGAGAUUUAGUUUAAAAACAAAACAAAAAGAUUGAUCAAAUCUGUACAGUUUAUAUUGUUCCAGAUUUUUUUAAGUUUGUAUUAAAAGCAUGAUAUAUAAUAGC